AUGACUUCGACCACCGCAACGGACCAUGACUUGCUGCGUCGAAACUCUUGCCACUCACUUGUCGACCGUGCUCUUCGACUCUCGAUCGAUUCACGCUCCCUUCACAACGUCGCCCUCACCAUUCGCUCGCAUACCAAACAAAUCUUCACCAUCACCGCCGCCAAUCCCAAAACACAUGCCUCAUCCCCGACUACAAUCGGUACCGCCUCGCCACGCUCUUCUGCAACCCUCUCACCCCCACAUCCGCAAAUCGCAGUCGCCGAAGCCGUGUACAGCUUCAAGCUUCUCGAAGCUUUGAGAAAGGGCGAUCAGCAAGCCCUCAUCCCUCUUCUCCAACAGACACACAAGAACGAGAACCAUCUCGCCAAAGAAAGCACCAGCCCUCUUCAUCUCGCUGUAAGAUGUGCCGACUUUGACAUCAUCUCUUUCCUCCUUAACUACAAGACCAUCGACUUGAACGCCACUGAAGCGCAGCACGGCAACACUGCCCUCCACAUUGCAUCCAUUUCUGGCAGAGACGAUGUCGUCCAACUCAUGCUCGAGCAGCAAGACAUUGACGACUCCAAGCGCAAUCUUGACGGCAAAGACGCACUUGCAGUAGCCAAGUCGCCUGAGAUCGCUCAGCACAUUCAAGUCAGCCGUGCUCAGCUUCAAGUCAGGUUCCUGCAACUUCUCACUGCAUACGAGCAGGAUCUGCCUCGCGCCGAUGCCAACAUCCACCACUUGCUCGACCUUCCCCGAUACGCCGUUAUCGACCUCAAUGCGCAAUCUGCCAACGGCACCACUCUCCUGCACGAAGCCGUCAAGCGCAAGGACACGCGCAUGAUCGAGACUGCCGUGCGCAAGGGCGCUGAUGUCUAUGCCCGUGACCGUCGCGGCAAGCGAGUCAACGAUGUCACCAAGGACGAGAAGGUCAAGGCACUCUUGCGUCAGCUCCACAAUGCAGAUGCUGCUAGAGCAAGCCAAGCCUCCUACUCGGGUCAGCCGCCUGCCUUCAAAGGCUACCUUGGCAAGUGGACCAACAUUGCUCACGGCUACAAGACGCGAUGGUUCGUGCUUGAAGACGGCAUUCUCUCCUACUACCACAGCCAAGAUGACGAAGGCAAGCAGUCUCGUGGUGCUAUCAACAUGCGUUUUGCCAAGAUCCGCGCCGACAACAACGACAAGCACCGUCUCGAGAUCAUCAGCGAGACCGGCAAGGGCACUUCCAAGCUCUACCUUCGUGGCACACAUCCUGUCGAGCGUGCUCGAUGGGUUCAGGUGCUCCAACAGACCAAAGAGUUCUUCAACCUCGAGCGACAGACCAGCCGCGCCGAGAGCUCCUACCGUCCACGUGCUCCUUCCACCUCUUCGCUCCAGGCGCAAGGUGGGAUCGCCAGCCCUGCAGGUAUCGUUCGACCUUCCUCCACCGCGCCUAGUGAGAGGGGAGCUGGCAUUGUUCGACCUUCAUCAACUGCACCUAGCGAGAGAGGAGCUGGCAUUGUUCCUCCCUCUUCCACUGCGCCUGGCGAGAAGGGCAGUCGUGCUCUGCUUUCGAUCAAGUCGCCCACUUCUUCCGGUCCAGCCAGCGAGCGAUCGCUUUCGAUGGCCAACCGCAGUCCCAGUCUUCUCAGUCGUCUCUCGAGUGAAGGUCGUGUCGAGGACGAGAACGAGGCUGGAGCCACCGGUGGUCCUAUGCCAUACCAGACCGAGUUCUCUCUCACUGCUGAAGCGCUCAAGGCGCAGGCAGAGGCCAGCCAGCGUCUUAUCGAGACGCUUGUCAAUGCCAACGCGCUUUCUACUACUGCGCCUCCCACUUCCACUUCUGCCCGCAACUCUUCCGAAGAAGGCAGCGCCGGCAAGCGCCACCGAUCCAGCCGUCUCUCGUCCGGCAGCAUGAUCAGCAACAGCGACACCGUGCGUUCGGCUCUCGAGUCAGCUGUCUGCAGCAACUUGCAGCUCGUCGAAAAAUACCAGACCAUGGUCACGGCUCGUGAAGCGUACAUGACCAAACGAUACGAACGCGAGUUGCAGAUCAAGCAUCUGUGGGAGGAGAACAUGGCUGUGCUUGCCCACCAACAUGCCGAGAUGGAGGCACAGCUCAAGGAGGCUGCCGAGGAGAAUGCACGUCGACGCAAAGCUCUGCGUGAAGUGCGAGAGACCAUGGGCCACUCCCCUGCGUCUGUCAUGUCGCCUCAGCCCGGCGGUGCUAGUCUCGCCCCGUCCGGUUCUGUCAGGUCUACGCUGAUUGCUCCUGAACCGCGUCGUCAGUCGACUGUAUUGAGCAAUGCAACUGUCGGCUCCUACGAGACGGUCCAAAGCGAUGCUCCUGGCUCGCUGGCUGCUCGUCGUCUCGGUGAAGAGAACGGUGCUCAACUGCAACUCGAUGACAACCUCACUCCACCCAUCAUCGCUCAGCGAUCCGCCAUCUUGGGUAUCGCCGACGAUCGAGCCAUGGUUCGCGACUCGAUCGACGAUGCCGAUGACGAGUUCUUCGACGCUAUCGAAGCGGGUAACUUGCCUGGUCUCAAGGUGGAGCAACCGCUCACUCAGCCUGCAUCAAACCCUGACAAGUGGCCCGAGAAGUUCGACAAGUCUCUGGUCGAAGACGAUCUGGUGAAAGAAGCGAUGGAACCCUACAGGCAUCUACGAAGCAAAUUGCCCAUUGGCAAAGAUGAUCGACCCUCGGUCUCGCUUUGGGCUAUUCUCAAGAACAACAUCGGUAAAGAUCUCACCAAGAUUUCGUUCCCAGUCAGCUUCAACGAGCCGACAUCGAUGUUGCAGCGUAUGGCGGAGGACAUGGAGUUUUCGGAAUGUCUCGAUGCUGCUUCGAUGCAGGAGGACUCGACCAAGCGUAUUGCCUUUGUAGCUGCAUUUGCGAUGAGCAACUACUCUUCGACCAUCGGGCGCAUUGCUAAGCCUUUCAACCCGUUGUUGGGAGAGACGUUCGAGUACAUGCGACCCGAUAAAAAGUACAGAUACGUUUCGGAGCAGGUCUCGCAUCAUCCACCUAUUUCGGCUUGCUUUGCACAGAGCCCGACGUGGGAGUAUAUGGGUUGUGUCGACGCCAAAUCCAAGUUCCUUGGUAGGACGUUCGAGAUCCGACCGACCGGUGUGGCACAUGUCAACCUCAAAGUGCCCCGAUCAUGGGUCAAGGCGGAUAAAGAGCUGAAAAUAGCACCGAUGUUGUCGGACGAUCAUGUGCUCGAGCACUACUCGUGGAACAAGGUCACUACUUCGGUUUCCGGAUUCAUUGUGGGCAGUCCCACGAUUGACCACUUUGGUGAUAUGGAAGUGACGAACCAGGCUACUGGCGAUCGAUGUGUUUUGACCUUCAAGCCGAGAGGUUGGAGAGGCAAAGACGCGUACGAGAUUCGAGGAAGUGUCUACGAUGCUCAGGGAAAUAUGCGAUGGGAUAUUGCUGGAAGAUGGAACUCGCAGUUGGUCGCACGCAAGUGUGGUGCUGGUUCUGGUGAUCUCAAUCCAGACCAAAGUGUCGAUGCACCGGAUGGACAGAUUGCAGUUGCUCAACCUCUUGCCGAAUACCUGUUGCUUUGGAGGAACUCGGAUAAGCCUACGACUCCCUUCAACCUUACACCUUUUGCGAUUACGCUCAAUUCCUGCCCUGAUGACCUUCGACCUUGGCUCGCACCCACGGAUUGUCGUCUUCGUCCCGAUCUUUCUGCUUUUGAAAGUGGCAAGUUCGAUCAGGCCAACGAUCUCAAGCAGAAAUUGGAGGAUUUCCAGAGAGAGACGAGGAGGAAGAGGGAGACGGGAGAGUUGCCACCUCAUGAACCAAGAUGGUUUAAGAGGACAAUGGAUCAUGAUACGAGGGAGACACUUUGGCAGCCUGUACCGGCGGAGAAAGGGUCUGAUGCGGGUGGAAAGGAGACGACUCAGUAUUGGGCUGAGAGGUACGAGGUUGGAAGUAAGAAGGUUAAGGGGCAACAGAUUGAUUGGAGGGAUGUUUAUCAUAUUUUUGGAGAUUUCGAGGUUCGUUGA